AUGGGCGAGUUUCUAUUCAAUAUUGACCACGGUUAUCUCGAGGCGCUCACACGUGGGCUCAAGGGCGGACUAUUGGCUCAAACCGAUUACGCCAAUUUGGUGCAAUGCGAAACCCUUGAGGACCUCAAAUUGCAUAUCCAAUCUACCGAUUAUGGUAACUUUUUGGCUAAUGAGCCGGGAGCAAUCACUGUUCAAGUGAUCGACGAAAAGCUCAAAGAGAAACUCGUCACCGAGUUUACUCAUCUUCGCAACAAUGCGUUGGAGCCCUUGGCGACAUUCUUGGAUUACAUCACGUACUCGUACAUGAUUGAUAACAUCAUUUUGCUGAUCACCGGAACUCUUCAUCAGCGCCCAAUCAGCGAGCUCAUCAACAAAUGCCAUCCAUUGGGAUCUUUCGAGCAAAUGGAGGCUAUUCAUAUCGCUUCAACUCCCGCUGAGUUGUACAACGCUGUGCUCGUUGACACACCACUUGCCAACUAUUUCGUCGAUUGCAUCAACGAGCAGGAUUUGGAUGAGAUGAACGUCGAGUUGAUCCGUAACACUCUCUACAAGGCUUACAUUGAGGACUUCUACGGAUUCUGCAAAAAUCUUGGCGGAAAAACCGCUGAAGUUAUGUGCGACAUCUUGGCUUUCGAGGCUGAUCGUCGCUCGAUCAUCAUCACCAUCAACUCGUUCGAUACUGAGCUCUCAAAGGAUGAUCGCCAGAAGUUGUACCCACGCUGCGGAAAAUUGUUCCCAGAUGGACUUUCGGGAUUGGCUCGUGCUGACGACUACGAACAGGUCAAACAAGUUUGCGAAUACUAUUCGGACUACAAGCCACUUUUCGAGAACAGUGGAAACGGAGCUGGAGAGAAGACUCUUGAGGACAAAUUCUUUGAGCAUGAGGUUAAGUUGAACGUUCAUUCGUACUUGCAUCAAUUCCACUUUGGUGUCUUCUACGCUUUCAUUAAACUCAAGGAACAAGAAAUGCGCAACAUCAUCUGGAUUGCUGAAUGCAUCUCGCAGCGACACCGCACCAAAAUCGAUAACUACAUCCCAAUUCUGUAA